AUGUCCCCACCGUUGGCAAAUGUACCGUCGAUGAAAAAUGAGGACUGGUCUCAGGUCUGGUGUUCUAAUUUGAAUCCGGCAGUCAUGGACGCGACUAUAAAAUCAAAAAAGACAAAUCCGUUACAAAAUAGCAACCCUUUUGCGAAAUUGUUCUUUUUGUCGUUGAUACCGACUAUAUGGCGCGGAUUCAAACGGGGUCUGACCCCUAAGGACCUCACGAAAACUGUGGAAGACGAUCAAGCGAAGGCGCUUGGUGACUUGCUAGAAAGAAAUUGGUACGAGGAACUUAAUAAUGCCGAAAAACGAAAUCGAAGACCAAAAUUUUAUAAAGCGCUACUUCGAACAUUUUGGAAGAGUCAUUUUUGUGAUGGAUUACUUUAUCUUGCUUUUGUAGGAAUCAAAUCUCUACAGCCCUUAUUAUUAGGCAGUUUUCUCAUGUAUUUCAAGACCAACUCAGAAGUGACAAAAAAGCAAGCCCUCCAAUUUGCAGGAAUGCUCUCGGCAAUGAGCGCUUUAGCCGUGAUUAUCGAUCACCAUGCAGAACUUAGACAACGUGUGGUUGGAAUGAGGACCCGCGUGGCCUGCUCGUCUUUGGUUUAUCGAAAGGUAAAUUUUCAAGAAAUAUGA